AGCAUGUUAUGGAAAGAACAGGCUUGCUGUUGCUCAUGUAGUCAGUGGAGAGGGUGAUGACAGUUGCCUGAGUGAUUCAUUCAGUAAGACAGACAAGCAAGUCAACAAAUAGCGAAGCAACAACCAGCAGUUCUGAAGACGAAGCAAGUAGUGAAGAUGAUACUAGUGUUCCUGAUGUAGACAAUACUUCAGAUGCUUCAGUGUCACAUGGAGCCACUAGGCGAAAACCAGUUUGGAGACAUAUUAGUAAUGGCAACAAUGCUCGUGACAUGCCACACUGGCAAGGUUCAAUCCCUGAGUCUACUUCAAUUCAGGAACUUGUUGAGUAUUUCAAACACUUCUUCGACAUUCAACUUCUCAAACAUAUUACUGAACAGACAAACCUGUACUGUGUUCAGAAGAAUCUAGCUAAACCUUUCCAGCUGACUGUCAGUGAACUUUAUCAAUAUAUAGGGACAGCAUUCUAUAUGGCGCUUGUUAGUGUACCAUGUACUCAAUUAUGUUGGUCUCCUUCAUUUAGUGUUCCUUGCUUGUCAGGUGUUAUGAGUCGAGAGAGGUGGGAAGAUAUAAAGUCCAAUCUCCAUUUCAAUGACACCACCAAAGUGCCUGAUGUAGGUGCAAACAAAGACACACUUUUCAAGCUUAGGCCACUAAUAAACAGUUUGCUCAAAAAAUUUAACAACCUACCCAUUGAUAGGAUGCUAUGUGUUGAUGAGCAGAUGGUGCCAUUCAAGGGAAUGUCUAGUUUCAUACAGUACAUGCCAAAUAAACCUCACAAAUGUGGUUAUAAAUUAUAUAUAGUGUGUGUUUGGAAAGGAAUUGUGUACAUUUCUGAAGUGUAUUGUGGGAAACAUUACCCUUUGCCAGAAUGCAAAGAUUUAGGGGCUAAUGCCAAUGUCAUUUUAUACCUUUGCAAGGUCAUUCCCCGACAACAGAACCACUUGUUGUACUUUGACAAUUGGUUUACAACAAUACCACUCCUUUUAAAGCUUGCUCACAUGAAGAUCUUUUGGUUGUGGACUGUCAGAGCCAACAGGUUUCCUAGCCGUGUGGUGGCAACUGACAAAGAUUUGGGGAAAAAAAGGAAAGGUGAGCUGUUGAUGACGGUCUGCGAGGCACUCAACAUUGUGGUCAUCAGCACCUGUACUAGGUCUGAAUCUUUCCAGUCCAUUCUCGGAAUUUUCUGAAUGAUGAUGACAACACAAACACCCAGUCCCCGAGCAGAGAAAAUCCUCUACCUGGCCGGAGAUCAAACCCGGGACCCCGUGAUCCAGAGGCGAUGCAUAUGAUGAAUGGGAGGCAGAUAUUGACGGUCAACGUGUAUGUGUGCCAGAUGGUUUGAUAAAAGAUCUGUAGUACCUGCAUCUACAUUUUCUGCUGCACAACCACCAAGUAAGGUGAAAUGAUGGGGUAGGAUGGCCAAAGCAAAAAUUGAAGUUGAUUGUCCACCAAUUAUUUACAUCUACAACAGGUUUAUGGGAGCAGUGCAUCUAUUAGAUUCACUCAUUGCACUAUACAGAAUCAACAUCAGAUCAAAGAAGUAUUAUAUGCAACUGUUUUUUCACUUCCUUGACUUGGUGGUAGUAAAUGCAUGUCCAUUGUACAGAAGGGACAGUGACUUCAUUGGGAUCUCCAAAAAUAAACAGAGGCCACUUUGUCGGUUCAAAGCUGACAUGGCCGAGGUCCUAUGCAGAAUGAACACAGACAUAAAGAAGAAAGUGGGACAUACACCUAAACCAAUUCCUCAACUGUUUGUUUGCCAGGGCAAUGUUGGUCAUUGGCCACUUGUGUUGGAGAAGAGAGGCAGAUGCAAAAUGCCAAACUGCAAAGGUAGUCCAUCAAGUGUUUGCCAGAAGAAUAUAAUGCUCAUUUGUGCAUUGAAGGAGAAAAAAACAGGAAGGAACUGUUUUCUGGGCUUUGAUAAGAAAUAAUAACUAUACAAGUCAAGUGUUUCAGCUUCUUAAGUACUUUCAUACGAGUAAAUACUCAUUAGCCAAUAUAUAAUUCACCUGUAUCUUUAGAUGCCCAAUGUAAUAUGUAUGUAAUCAUUCUAAUAUGACAGUGUGGUUUCAGUUGCCUCGGACUGCAGUCAUGUGUGUGAGAUGCAUUUGUGUGAGUGUAUUUGCGUAUUUGUGACAAUUGUUGACGAAGGCCAUUGGACAAAAGUUUUAAUUGUGAAAGUAUUUUUGUUGUGCCUAUCUGCCACUCAGCAUCCCCGCUAUAUGCUGAGUAGCAACUUUCCUUCUCAUAAUAUUGUCACAAUCCAUCCUAGAUUUUCCAUUGUUUGAUUCUAAUUUUUUGUGUUUAUUGAUUCAUAAUUCUGUCCAUGGAGAGUUAAUAUGGAACAAUGAAAAACUCAAAAGUUAUUUAUUGGGAUAAUGAACAUUCAAAACCAUGUAUGCAGUUAACAAGUGAUUCAGUUUGAUGUAGAAUAAAUCAAAAGUUAAAUUUUAGAAAAGUUAUGUCAAAUAUUCAUACGAAGAAUAUGUAUUAAGAAAUUGACCAAUAACAGUACUUCAAGAAGAUAAUGAAUAUAGUGCUAAUAAAACAAUGUAUGUAACAUGAACAAAUAAGACAGGUUAACAGAUAUUUAAAAGAAAAUACAAACU